AUGGAAGAUACGAAAGAUACAAAAUUGGAAGACACGAAAGAUGCAAAAUUGGAGGACACGAAAGAUGCAAAAUUAGAAGACACGAAAGAUACAAAAUUGGAAGACAAAAAAGAUGCAAAAUUGGAAGACACGAAAGACACAAAAUUAAAAGACAUGAAAGACACAAAAUUAGAAGACAAGAAAGACACAGAAUUGGAAGACACGAGAGACACAAGAUUUAUUCUUUCAAUUGAUGGUGGAGGUUUUCGAGGUAUAAUCCCUGCCGUUAUUCUCAAUGAAAUCGAACAAAGAGUGACCGAAAGAAUAAAAAAUGAUCAUCCAGAUAUUGAUGUUGAUAUAAGAUGUGCUGAUUUAUUUGAAAUUAUAUCUGGUACAUCGACUGGCUCUAUACUUGCUUUGGGUUUAUCCCUUCCUGAUAAAAAUAAGCGUCCUAAAUUCGAUGCUAAUUAUAUCGUGGAUUUUUAUAAAGAACAUGGUUAUGAUGUCUUUCCUGAUUAUUCUGUUGUUAUGUCUGUCGAUAAAUUAUUACCCAAAUUACCGAACCUUACUGGUACUGGUUAUGAUAUGGUUAAAAAUUUAUUUGGCGCCAUGACUCUUCCUUUGGGUCAUAGCUCUUCCACUAAUGCUGAGAAUAACAAAGAUAUAGCUGAAAAAGAUGAAUCUACUGACGAAACAAAAAGAUCUUAUUUCAGCAGGCUUUUGUGGGGUAGAAGUACAAAUAAAAAAGAAAAAAAUAAUAGCGGUUCCAAGAAAAGAAAAAAUGGUGCUAAAGAAUUCAGAACAUUAAUUAAAAAUGAAUUUAUAGCCAAGCUUAGACUUAAGAGAAAAGGAAAUAAUAAACCUGAUGAUACAAUCAAUGAUACAACCAAUGAUACAAUCAAUGAUAAACCUGAUGAUACUCCGGAAAUAAAUAAUGAAGUCGAGUUUAAAACCGAGUUUUUAGCCAAGCUUAGAAUUAAUAAAAAAGGCAAGAAUAAACCUGAUGAAACUUCAGAAAUUAUAAUAUCCGAAGAGACAACCAAUGCUAAAUCAGAUGAUAUAAUCAAUGCUACUCCUGAAAUUUCAACUAAACACAUAGUCAAUGAGAAAUCUGAAGAUACAAUCGGAUUUGAAGAAUUAUUAGACAAAAAUUUCAAACAUAAUAAACUCGAGGACACUGUUAAUGGUGUGAUCGUAAUCAUUCCUGCUUAUAAUAUCUCCAAAUGUGAAUAUACUCUUUUUACCAAUUAUGAUCCCAAAUUUAAAGAUCAUUACAUGAAAGAUGUUAUACGUGCCAGUGCUUCUGCUCCUACUUAUUUUCCUGCAAAACAAAUAGAUUCCGAUUAUUUCAUAGACGGUGGUGUUUUUUCAAAUAAUCCAACCGUUAAAGCUUAUCUUGAAGCAAAAAGAAAGUAUCCAAAAUCGAAAUUUGUUGUGGUUUCUCUCGGUACUGGUUAUUAUAAAGAACCUUUAGAACAUUAUAAAGAUUGUGGUGUUGUUCAAUGGAUAAAACCAUUGAUUAAUCUUUUAUUCAAUUCUGAGCUCGAUAAUCAUGACAAUACUAUGAAACUUUUGGCUCAUCUUGACGACACAAAAUAUUAUCGGAUUCAAUUGAAUUUGAACGAAGAGGAUAGUAUAAUGGAUAAAGUUUCGGAGAAUGAUGCUAAAAGACUUACCGAAUUGGCCCAUGAAGCUAUCAAAAAUCCUACUUAUAAGGUUGAAGAAAUAGUUGAGUUACUCGUAGAUAAAUGUAGGAAAUUUCAUGUCUUUCCUACUAAAACUUUUAGAAAUAAAGAGUAUUGUACACUCAAUGAAUAA